GAAUCUGGGCUCCUCCACUCACUCACUCACUCACUCACUCACCACGUGCUGGAUGCUAGGCUACAGUAGUUACUCUUUACAGUGCUACCGUGCUCAGCUGUUUGUAUCAAUCUCACAUGGCGGCAAAAGUGUUUGUUUACCAUUAGAGUACUGAGAAGGACGGAAGCGUGACUCCGGGACACAAUACCUUUGUACUUCAGGCAACAUCGGUGAUCUUCGCUUCUCUGUAUCGCCUGAAUACCGCGUCUGUAAACCAGCCACGGACACCACCACCGUGAGCCCGGUAGGGGAGUGAGGUGCUCAUUCUGAGGCGCUCACAGCAGCACCGAGCCCAAGCUGGAGACCCAAGUGUAGAGUGAUCUGUACACCAUGAAGAGGAACUCUACCUUCAGAUACCCAUCUCCUGCUCAGGCCCUCUAUCUACCAGAUGAGGUCAACUUCUGGACGAUGGCAAUAGUGGCCGUGGGAACUGGCUUCAUCCUGACCGUGGCAGUCUCCAUUUACCUCAUCUGUCAGACGAGACUGGAGAGGCCCCUGCCAGUCCGUCACCACCGGACGGUCCGACACAUCAGUCAUGGUCCGGACGUCUACCCCCAGUCUGGCAACCACUACCACCUCCACCACCACCACCACCCCUCUCAGCACCCCCACCUCGACGACGUGUCCACCCCCUACCCUGCCUCGCCGCAUCCUCGCCUCAACGAGAUGACGUCUUCCAUUCACUACCUCGACCCCAACACUUCCCCACUCCACGACCUGGAGGAUUAGACGUCCAACUCGGCGGCGCGUAGUGUGGUCGCCUGGGUCUCUCAUAGCCCGCCUCCACAGUCUUUGAGCAGAUGUCCCUCCGUCACAAUCUUUGACAAGACGUUCCUUCGUCACAACCUAGACCAGACGUCUCUCCGUCACAACCUUGACCAGACGUCUCUCCGUCACAGCCUUGACCAGAUGUCCCUCUGUCACAGACUUUGACCAGACGUCCCUCCACCACAACCUAGACCAGACGUCUCUCCGUCACAACCUUGACCAGACGUCUCUCCACCACAACCUUGACCAGACGUCCCUCCACCACAACCUUGACCAGACGUCCCUCCACCACAACCUUGACCAGACGUCCCUCCACCACAACCUUGACCAGACGUCCCUCCACCACAACCUUGACCAGACGUCCCUCCACCACAACCUAGACCAGACGUCUCUCCGUCACAACCUUGACCAGACGUCUCUCCACCACAACCUUGACCAGACGUCC